AAAGAAACCACCCCUGGACAAGGUGUCAGGUGUGUCCGAGAUUUGAAGUUCAAAUAAAAGUCCCCCAUUCCUGACAAGGAAGAGGCUGGCACUGCACUGGCCACAGCACAGGUGAGCCAGCUCUGCCCAUGGCCAUUGGGAACGAGACAGAGGUGACCGUAUUCAUCCUGCAGAGCUUCACAGAAGACCCUGAGCUCCAGGCUGCCCUCUUCUGCCUCUUCUUCUCCCUCUUUGUGGUGGCCUUGGUCGGAAAUGGCCUGAUCAUUGCAACCAUACACUGCAGCCCCAACCUCCACACCCCCAUGUACUUCUUCCUGGUCAACCUGGCCAUGCUGGACAUGAUCUGCACCUCGUCCAUCCUGCCCAAGGUCCUGCAGAGCCUGGUUGCAGAGAACACCAUCUCCUACGGUGGCUGCAUCAGCCAGAUGUUCUUCUUCACCUGGUCACUGAGUGCGGAGCUGCUUCUCUUCACUGCCAUGGCCUAUGACCGCUACCUGGCCAUCUGCCGGCCACUGCACUGCGGCACCCUGAUGAGCACGAGGGUCUGUCUCACCCUAGCAGCCUUCGUGUGGUCUGUGGGAGCACUCAGUGCUUUCCUGCUCACCGGACUUGUCCUCCGGCUGUCCUUCUGUGGCCCCAACACCAUCGCGCACUUCUUCUGUGAAAUCCCUCCUGUCCUGCCCCCCACCUUCCUCACUGACAUCAUGACCAUCAUGGCAGGCAUGUUCCUGUCCGGGAUGAACUUCCUGCUCACCAUGGUGUCCUACGGCUGCAUCAUCGCCUGCAUCCUGCGCAUCCGCUCGGCAGAGGGCAAGCGGCGGGCCUUCUCCACCUGCUCCUCCCACCUCGUCGUGGUCACCGUGUACUACUCCACUGUUCUCUACACCUAUAUCCGGCCGGCCCUUGGCUCUGCUGGGCUUAUGGACAAGGUGGUUGCCGUAUUGUACACCAUCGUGAGUCCCACUCUGAACCCACUCAUUUAUACCCUGAGGAACAAGGAAUUCAAAGCAUCCCUUAAAAAACUCCUCUUCCUGUUCUCCAAAUGAUGCUGUGAGAAGAGGAGAGAAGCCUGACUCCAUAUCCUUGUGAGGGACAUUUGAGCUCGCUGGUCACCUUUGCAAGGCCCAUUCUCCAAGAAAUUUUUGCUAGGCUCUUUGCAAAGGACUCUUGUAUGCAUAGAACUGUCACUGUU